AUGGCGUCAAUGAAAGUCUUUGAUAUUGUGCCCAAAACAGCAUGUAAGUCUAUCACCCUGGCCCAGAAAAUAGAAAUCCUUGAUAAAUUAAGAGAAGGCAAUAGUGCUGCGUUGAUUGCUCGCCAAUACAGUUUCAGUGAAUUGACUGCGCAUACCAUUAAAAAAAGUGAGCAAAAAAUUAGAGACUGCGUGAAAACGACAACUCCUGUGAGUUGGAGAGUGUUGUUGGUGACUAGAAUUCCUCUUUUAGAUAAGGUUGAGAAACUCCUUAAUCUUUGGAUCAAUGAAAUGACCAAUACAAAAGGAGCAGUUGUCGACGGCACAGCAUUUACGGCUAAAGCUUUGUCUCUGUACAAACAUGUAGCCGGGAGUGAAGGAGAAAGUAGUGACACCAACCCAUUUACUGCUAGCAGGGGUUGGCUGUACAGAUUUGUUCAGCGGUAUAACCUGCAAAAUGUGAAAUUACAAAGCAAAGCAGGAUCUGCCGAUGUGGACAGUGCUAGCAAUUUCAAGCCAGAGCUUUUAGAAUUUAUUAAAGAUAAAGGCUACGAACCCGUCCAAGUUUUCAACUGUGAUGAAACAGGACUUUUUUACAAGAAAAUGGGCAAUAGGACUUAUUUAACCAAAGAACAAAGUGUGGCCAGUGGUUUCAAAGCAUUUAAAGAUAGAUUAACCCUUUUGUUUUGUGCAAAUGCCUCAGGGGACUUUAAGUGCAAACUUCUUUUAGUGUACCGAGCCAAAAAUCCAUGUGCGCUAAAGGGUAAAAACAAGAAAUGUUUGCCGGUAGCGUGGCAUUCCAAUAAGAAAGCCUGGAUCACGUAUGUUGUUUUUGAGGACUGGCUGCAGAAUUCGUUUGUACCGGAAGUGAAAGAAUUCCUUGCAAAAAAGAAUCUCUCUUUCAUGGUUCUUCUUGUGUUGGACAAUGUGCCAGGUCACAUGUCGGAGUCAUUGUCUUUUGUUGAGCCCGAUGUUUCUGUUAUGUUUUUGCCUCCCAACACAACAUCAAUUUUACAAUCUAUGGACCCGGGCGUCAUUAAGACUUUCAAGUCUUAUUACACUAAGAGGCUCUAUAGACAGAUCGUCAAUGAUUUUAGAGGCUUCCCCACCAUAGACAAUGAAGUCACUGACAUUGUGAGGCUGGCCAAAUGGCUGGGAGGAGAGGGAUUUGAAGACAGCGAGGAUGUGGAGGUGGUUAAGCUGAUUGAUUCCCACCAACAAGAACUAACAAAUGAGGAACUUGAGCACCUUGCUGCAUCCAGCAAUGACAGUGAGGAAGAGGGAGAGACUGAGUCUGCUAAGCCAGCCUUCACUGCUAAAUCCAUUCGAGAGUUCCUGUGUAAGGCUCAAAACCUGAGUGAAGAGAUUGUGUAA